AGUUGAUGUUUCUCCAUUUAAACAACCAGAAUCGAUUCUAUAUGGAUUAUCAGUGUUUCAUAGUAACUUUUAUAAAAGCUAAGCCAUGAUUUACGUGCAGCUGCUUCAUAGAAAGGCGGUGGAUUUUGUGAAUCUGUGUAAAUAAGAGUCAGUGCUGGAGAUCAGAUUCUGUUUCAUCAUGGAUCACACACAAACAUCCACAGAUGAAGAGUUUUCUCCAGGAUGCAGUUCAGUUCAUCAGGAGAGAUCAGAAGCAGAGUCCAGCUGUGUGUCUCUGAGGAGUGCCGCGUCUAUGGGUCAUCCAAUGGAGUUUAAGAGUGGAGAUACAAAGACUGAUCUCAGUUCAGUUCAUCAGGAGAGAUCAGAAGCAGAGUCCAGCUGUGUGUCUCUGAGGAGUGACGCGUCUAUGGUUCAUCCAAUACAGUUUAAGAGUGGAGAUACAAAGACUGAUCUCAGUUCAGUUCAUCAGAAGAGAUCAGAAGCAGAGUCCAGCUGUGUGUCUCUGAGGAGUGAAGCGUCUAUGAAUCAUAUAAUACAUUUUAAGAGUGGAGAUACAGAGACUGAUCUCAGACAGGAUAGUAGAGAGCAGACGGGAAAGCAUGGGAUGAAGAGAGCGGAGCGAAGGAACCCGAGACUGAAAUCAAACUCCGGUCUCUGUGAGCACAGGCAUGAAGUCCUCAACAAGUUUAGAUUAAAUCUCAUGAAGAAGUUUGGUCGUCUGUAUGAGGGAACAGCGACGCAGGGAAACCCAACACUCCUGAAUGAGAUCUACACAGAGCUCUACAUCACAGAGAGUGAGAGCGGAGAGAUCAGUAAUGAGCAUGAGGUGAGACAGAUUGAGACACAAUCCAGGAGAGCAGCAACAGAGGACACAGCCAUCAAAUGCAAUGACAUCUUUAGACCUUUACCUGGACAAGACAAAGCCAUCAGAACUGUGCUGACAAAGGGAGUCGCUGGCAUUGGAAAAACAGUCUCUGUGCAGAAGUUCAUCCUGGACUGGGCUGAAGGGAAAGAGAAUCAGGACGUCCAGCUCAUAUUUCCACUGCCUUUCAGAGAAAUCAACUUGAUGAAGGACAAAACACUCAGUCUUUCAGAUCUUCUUCAUCUGUUUUUCCCUGAAACUAAAGAAAUGGAAAUAUCCAGUGAUGAAUAUAAAGUGUUGUUCAUCUUUGAUGGUCUGGAUGAGUGUCGUCUGUCUCUGGACUUUCAGAGCGCUGUGAGGUUGUGUGAUGUAAGUGAAUCAGCCUCAGUGGAUGUGCUGCUGAUGAACCUGAUUGAGGGGAAUCUGCUUCCCUCUGCUCUCAUCUGGAUCACCUCCAGACCAGCAGCAGCUGAUCUCGUCCCCUCUGAGUGUGUCCAUCGAGUGACAGAGGUACGAGGCUUCAAUAAGCCACAGAAGCAGGAAUACUUCAGGAAGAGAAUCAGUGAUCAGAGUCUGGCCAAUACAAUCAUCUCACACCUGAAGUCAUCAAGGAGCCUCUACAUCAUGUGCCACAUCCCAGUGUUCUGCUGGAUCUCAGCCGCUGUUCUGGAGAAGAUGUUGAGUCCAGCAGAGAGUGGAGAGAUUCCCAAGACUCUCACUCAAAUGUACACACGCUUCCUGAUCCUUCAGACCAACAUCAAACGUGAGAAGGACUAUGAGAAGAAGGUGACGGAUGAAGACAUGAUCCUCAAACUGGGGAAAGUGGCUUUUCAGCAGCUUGUAAAAGGCAACCUGAUCUUCUAUGAGGAAGACCUGAGAGAGUGUGGCAUUGAUGUGACAGAAGCAUCAGUGUACUCAGGAUUGUGUACUCAGAUCUUCAGAGAGGAGUUGGGCUUGUAUCAGGGGAAAGUCUUCUGCUUUGUUCAUCUAAGCAUUCAGGAACAUCUAGCAGCUCUAUAUGUGCAACUCUCCUGUACAAACAACAACAGAAAUGUGUUUGAGCUAGUCACCAAACAGAGUUUGUGGUCUAAAGUGAAGGACAGGUUUAAACAUGUUUCAUUUUCUGAGCUGCAUCAGAGAGCUGUGGAUGAGGCUCUACACAGUAAAAAUGGACAUCUGGAUCUUUUCCUGCGGUUCCUUCUGGGUUUGUCAGUAAAGUCUCAUCAGAUUCUCCUACAACAAAUAAUGACGAUGAAAAGAAGCAGCUCUGACAGCAAUGAGAAAACAGUUGAGUACAUCAAGAAGAAGAUCAGGACCAUUGACUCUCCAGAGAAAUCCAUCAAUCUGUUCCACUGUCUGAAUGAACUGGGUGAUCGUUCACUAGUGGAGGAAAUACAACAGUAUCUGAAAUCUGGAAGAAUAAAGCAAGCCAAACUCUCUUCAUCUCAGUGGUCAGCUGUAGUUUUUGUGUUGUUGACAUCAGACGAGGAACUGAAUGAGUUUCGUCUUGAUAAAUUUGUUAAAGGAAAGAAUGAGCCUGAAAAUAUGAAAGUUCUUCAGAAGCUGCUGCUUGUGAUUAAAGAAUCCAGAUCAGUUCAGUUGAGAAAUUGUGGCAUCACAGAUGAAGGUUGUGCUGCUCUGGCUUCAGCUCUGAGAUCAAACCCCUCACACCUGAGAGAGCUGGAUCUGUCUUGGAAUAAAAUGGGAGAUUUGGGUGUGAAGCUUCUCUGUGCUGGACUGGAGGAUCCUCACUGUAAACUGGAGAUACUGCGGUUGAGUAAGUGUGGCGUCACAGAUGAAGGUUGUGCUGCUCUGGCUUCAGCUCUGAGAUCAAACCCCUCGCACCUGAGACAACUGAAUCUGAUUGGCAAUGAACUAGGAAAAUCAGGAGUGAAGUUACUCUCUGAUCUGAGAGAUGAUCCACAUUAUAAACUGGAGAGAUUAUUCUGUUGACUCUCAGUAUUUAGACGUUAGUCCAGUUUCCUCAGGAUCAGCUGAUGGUGAAUAAGGAGCCGCUACAGAGACGUCACAGUCUCACAAUCAACAGAGACUGAAGACACAGAGACACACAGCAUCACAGAAAGUUAAAACACUGGGCUUAUAUAGAUAUAGUUAGAAAUGGCAGGUGUGAAAGUUACUACAAUAUGUUAUUUUUAAUUUAAACUGGAACCAAUUUAAAUAUUUUUUUUUUUUUUGCAUUAAUGUUAUGCCUUGAGACACUAACAUGUGUGUAAUGGAUCAAGCAGCGGCAGAAUCUGGAGCAGGAUCUAAUUGAUGAUAGCUGUAUUGUAACUGAUGCUUGUAAAGUCAUGUCGCUAUUAUUUGUAUAGCGCUUUUAACAAUGCAAUUUGUGUCAGAGCAGCUUUACAUCAGCUUGAUAUAAAACUGGGUGGCUUUAUAGUUUUUAGACGGGGAAAUAGUUUGCUGAAAUAGUGUCAUUCUCCUCUGGCCAGACAAAAUCAGCAGUUUAAAUCUAGGCUAAAGCAAAGUCAGAUUGUGAAAAGGACUCAUCUGGUUUCUGUGGUCUUGUCCCGAUGGCCAUCUAGGAGACAGGGUCUUCACUGGGGAUCAGUCUCUGGGGCUCAUCUAGUUGUCCUCGUCUCCGCUGACGUUCAGACCUCAUCUUAAAUAAAGAUGAGGUCAUCUCAUCUUUAUUUAAAGUGAAGUGACAUACUCAGACCCAUACUCGGAAUUUGUGCUCUGCAUCCAACGUGCACACACACAGCAGUGAACACACACACACCAUGAACACACACCCAGAGCAGUGGGCAGCCAAUUAUGCUGCGGUGACAUAAAGACUCGAACUCGCAACCUUUGGAUUACAAGUCCGACUCUCUAACCAUUAGGCCACGACUUCCCCAUAUAGCGGAAUAACAAUAUAUAGCGCUUUUAACAAUACAGAUUGUGUCAAAGCACUUAACAGUAUCAAAUUGGAAGAUAGAGUGUCAGUAAUGUAUAAUGAUAAGAUUAAACACUCAAUUUUCAGUUAAAUGCAUUUCAUUAUUGAGAUCAGAGAUGUCAUUGUCUAGCUCAGUUUAGUUUAAAUAGUAUCUGUGCAAUCAAAUCGGCGAUAAUCGCUAGAAAUUAAGUGUUCCCAACUGAGCAAGCCAGAGGCGACAGCAGCAAGGAACCAAAACUCCCUCUGUGACAGAAUGGAGAAAAAAACCUUGGGAGAAACCAGGCUCAGUCGGGGGGCCAGUUCUCCUCUGGCCAGACGAAACCCGCAGUUCAAAAGUUUAUAUUUCUAUUUUUUAUUUUGUUGCAAUUUCUAACAAUAAUAGUAUUAUGUAGUUAGGUAUUUUAUUAUAUUUUUAGUUUUUUGUUAUAUUUUUAGUUUUAUUGUAUUUUAAUCGAGGUCUUCACUGGGGAUAUGUCUCUGGGGCUCAUCUGGGUGUCCUGAUCUCCGCUGACGAUCAGGGCUGUAGACAUCAUCUCUUGGUGCUGAUCCACCAUCUGAUCGGAUACGGACUGAGAAACAGACUAGGAAGGAAACAGACAAAUAUUAGCGUAGAUGCCAUUCAACUUACGAUGUAACGAGUACAUCGUGUGUUAUGGGGAAUGUUCCCGGUUCCGGUUGAUCUAAUUAAUGCAGCCUAACAAUCCUUUAACGGAUUUGAAUAAUAGAAGCGUAUUAAUGUGUUAUGUGUAAGCCAGGCUUACAGGUAGGUAGACUGUUCCAGAGUUUGGGUGCUAAAUAGGAAUAGGAUCUGCCGCCCGCAGUCGAUUUUGAUAUUCUAGGUAUUAUCAAACGGCCGGAGUUUUGAGAACGCAGCGGACGUGGAGGACUAUAAUGCGAUAGGAGCUCGCUCAAGUACUGAGGAGCUAAACCAUUCAGGGCUUUAUAAGUAAUUAACAAGAUUUUAAAAUCUAUCCGAUGCUUGAUAGGGAGCCAGUGCAGUGUUGACAGAACCGGGCUAAUAUGGUCAUAUUUCCUGGUUCUAGUAAGGACUCUAGCUGCUGCAUUUUGGACUAACUGUAGUUUGUUGAUCAAGCGUGCAGAACAACCAC